CCCGCCCCUUCUCGGAAGCCACGCCUCUCGGUGGUUGCAUUUUGGAACCGCUGGACGGAGUUGUGGAGCGGUGGCCGGGAGCUAGGACGGGGGCAGCGGGACUUGUCGUGGCGGGAUUGGUGCGGCCGGCAGCGGUUGUGUGUGUGUGGGAUUCCCCCCAGUCUGCGGAAGUCCCGGAGCUGUGUGGUUUGGGGAGGGGGGCAGCCGUGCCCCGGGUCUCUUCCCUCUACUUAGUGCAGCAGGAAGAACUCCCUGGACGGUGCAGCCCACAUGGGGGGGAAAGUUGGAGCUGUCGCUGUGUGACCUGUGGAGCUGGAGCAUGUGACCCUGCAGCCCGGGGCAGGUGUGACUGGCUGUGAUCUGGACACCUGUACUGGAGGAGCUGUGUGCUGCCGCCGCCGGGGAACAUGAAGCUGAGCCGGCAGAUCACGGUGCUGGGCAGCGCGGUCUUCUGUGUAGUCAUCUUCUCCUUAUAUCUCAUGCUGGACCGGGGGCAGCUGGACCAACCUAAGAGCCUCCAGAGACAGGGAGCCUUCCCUAAGGGUCAGCUCUCAAUACUACAAGAGAAAAUUGAUCAUUUGGAGAGGCUGCUAGCUGAAAAUAAUGAGAUAAUUUCCAAUAUAAGAGACUCUGUAAUCAACCUGAGCGAGUCGGUAAAAGACGGGCAGAAAAACCCAGAAGCCAUAAACUUUAGUCGUGGAUCGUUUUCUCAGCUAUUGCCCUCUGCGCCUGCAUUGCUUCCAAUCAAUAAAGAGGAUUGUCAGUUUGCCUCUGUGAGUGGUAGCCAAAAAUCUGAUGUCCAGAUGCUGGAUGUAUAUGAAAUUCUUCCAUUUGAUAAUCCAGAUGGUGGUGCAUGGAAACAAGGAUUUGACAUAACCUAUGAUGAGCAUGAGUGGGAUAAUGAAAUUCUUCAGGUUUUCCUUGUGCCUCACUCUCACAAUGAUCCAGGUUGGCUGAAAACCUUUGAUGACUAUUUCAGAGACCAGACACAGCACAUACUUAAUAACAUGGUUGUGAAAUUGCAAGAAGAUAAGGAGAGAAAAUUCAUGUGGUCUGAGAUCUCUUACUUUUCCAAAUGGUGGGAUGGAAUAGAUAACCAGAAGAGAGACGCUGUAAAGAAGUUAAUUGAGCAGAAGCAGUUUGAGAUAGUCACGGGUGGAUGGGUUAUGCCCGAUGAAGCUUCCCCCCACUAUUUUUCUUUAAUUGACCAGUUAAUAGAAGGACACCAAUGGCUUGAGAAAAAUCUUGGUGUAAAACCAAAAUCUGGAUGGGCUGUUGAUCCUUUUGGACAUUCUCCAACCAUAGCAUACCUCCUAAAACGCUCGGGACUGUCGAACAUGGUUAUCCAGCGUAUACACUAUUCAGUAAAGAAACAUUUUUCAAUGAAAAAGACCUUAGAAUUCUUUUGGAGACAAAGCUGGGAUUUAGGAAGUAGCACCGACAUUUUGUGCCAUAUGAUGCCUUUCUACAGCUAUGACGUCCCUCAUACGUGUGGUCCAGACCCCAAAAUUUGCUGUCAGUUUGACUUUAAGCGUCUGCCUGGAGGUAGAAUCAAUUGUCCUUGGAGAGUGCCCCCUGAGCCUAUUCAUGAGGGCAACAUAGAACAUAGAGCUUGGAUGCUUUUAGAUCAGUACAGAAAGAAGUCAAAGCUCUUCCGCACUAAAGUGCUCUUAGUCCCACUGGGUGAUGAUUUUCGCUACAGUGACAGCUCCGAGUGGGAUCAGCAAUUCCAGAACUAUCAGAAGCUGUUUGAUUACAUGAACUCUCACCCUGAGCUCCAUGUUAAGGCAAAGUUUGGUACCUUGUCAGAUUUUUUUGAGGCUCUGAGAAGAACCACCAAUAUUGAGGAGUCCAACAGCCCGUCCUUCUUCCCUGUUUUAAGUGGAGAUUUCUUUACGUAUGCAGAUAGGGAUGACCAUUAUUGGAGCGGCUAUUUUACAUCGCGACCUUUCUAUAAACGCUUGGAACGAGUCCUGGAAUCUCAUUUAAGAUCUGCAGAGAUACUUUAUUCAUUAGCACAAGUACAUUCACAAAGAAGCAGCAAACUGGAGGCUUUCCCCUCGGGAGAACAUUACAAAUUACUGACAGAGGCCAGAAGGAACUUAGGACUUUUCCAGCACCAUGAUGCAAUCACAGGGACAGCUAAAGACUGGGUUGUGGUUGACUAUGGCACCAGGCUUUACCAUUCUUUGAUGAACCUGAAGAAAGUAAUUGUUGAUGCAGCACACCUUCUUAUUCUUAAGGAUAAGGGCGCGUACGUCUACAAUCCAUCAGCUCCGCUCUUCAGUAUGGAAGAUGUGCAGAAAGCUCAGGAUGCUUUACCUCAGAAGACAGUCAUAAAGGUGUCUGGCCACCCAAGGUCUCUAGUUGUUUAUAACCCACUUGAGCAAGAACGUAUGUCUGUGGUUUCUGUUUAUGUCAGUUCACCAAUAACAAAAGUCCUCAAUGCUGCAGGAAAAACAAUAAAAGCCCAAAUUAGUGCGGUAUGGGAUGGAUCUACAACGAUGUCACCAGACACUUUCCAGGUCUCGUUUUUGGCACGCUUGCCACCUCUUGGCUUAGCUACUUACCAGCUUGUGGAAGCCGAAGAUGCAGGGUCUGUGAAAGCUGAAUACACCGUCUUUACUAGAGGAAGAAGUAACAAAGUUCUGGCUGAUGGCAUCUUCCACAUCAAUGAGCUGGAUAACAUUGUUACUGACUUAACUAUAGAGAAUUCAUAUCUAAAGCUUUGGUUUUCACAAACAACUGGAUUACUGGAGCAAAUGAAUCUAAAGGAAGAUGGAAAAACUCAUAAUGUGAAAGUGGAAUUUAUCUGGUACGGUACUACAAACAACAAGGAUAAAAGCGGAGCUUACCUGUUCCUGCCUGAUGGUGAUGCCAAGCCAUAUGUGUCUGAUCCACCAAUUGUAAGGGUCAGCCGGGGGGAUAUCUUCAGUGAAGUUGUUUGUUACUUCAGUCAUGUUACACACACGGCUCGGCUUUACAAUGUUCAAGGCCUUGAAGGGCAGUCUCCGGAAUUGACUAAUAUUGUGGACAUCCGAGGGGAAUUCAAUCGUGAGAUUGUCAUGAAGAUAACAUCAGACCUAAACAGCCAGAACAAGUUUUAUUCUGAUCUCAAUGGAUACCAGAUUCAACCAAGAAAAACGUUAAAAAAAUUGCCUCUCCAAGCUAAUGUAUAUCCAAUGUCUACGAUGGCUUACAUUCAGGAUAAUGCGAGCAGAUUAACAUUGCACGCUGCACAGUCUCUGGGCAUUGCCAGUUUGAGAAGUGGUCAGUUAGAAGUUUUCAUGGACCGUCGACUGAUGCAGGAUGAUAACCGUGGUCUUGGGCAAGGUCUUCAAGAUAACAAAAUCACGUUUAAUUUAUUCCGACUUCUUUUAGAAAAGAGGAUGGAAGUAGAUGAGGGUGAAGAAAAGAAGUCUGUCAGUUAUCCAUCUUUAUUAAGUCACGUCACGUCCUCUUUCUUAAACCAUCCUGUAAUCUCUAUGGCCGUAUUGGCUGAUACUGGUGCUCCUCCACUACUAGAUGCCUUUUCUCCGCUGCAGUCUUCAAUGCCUUGUGAUGUGCACUUUGUCAAUUUGCGGACAAUUCAGGCCAAGGUGGGACCUUCAGAAGAGGCAGCUCUCAUUCUUCACAGAAAAGGAUUCGACUGCAAGUUUGCAAAUAAAGACCUUGGGCUAUACUGUUCUAUAUCUCAGGGAAAGAUCCAAGUUCAUGGCCUUUUUGAUGGAUUCAAAGUUGAGAGCCUAAAAUCAUCCACAUUAUCCUUAAUGUACUCCCCCUCAGACGCUCAGAACUUAAGUACAAUCAACAUGAGCCCCAUGGACAUUAGCACAUUCAGAAUAAAACUGAGAUGAACUUUGCUACAUGUGAUUGCUACAUUUCCUGUGUUUUUACAUGCAAUAAAGAAGCACAUUGUUACACCAACUUCUGGACACUGUGAGAAUUUGCUUUCAGCAUUUUCUAUUGACAACACCUCCAAUGGAAGCCAUGCUCCUUCAUCUUCCAUACAGUAGAAUUUGAGUAAAGCAUCAUUUCUGUAUUCUCAGGUUUUAUGGAUUAAUAAUUUGCUUUCUUGUCUAAUUUAUGAAUCCACUACUGCAAUUGAAGAAAAAUGCUUCACAAAAUUUGUGUUCCUUAGUAAGCUCUUGAUUUGAAUCUGGUGCCAAAUACCAAUGAUUGAUCAAUUGAGGGGCUUAUUCAGCAUGAAAAGUGGAAAUGAUCUGAAACCUGCAGCAACUGCGGUUGUCAGUCCGGGAUUAGUCUGACUUCAUUGGUUGUCAGGACUUGCAGCUCCUUUUUACUAUUUGGUAUUGUAGCUAUUGUAAGCCUCAAACUUUUUUUUUAUGUUCUAACUUGAAUAAUCUGAAUUAAUGGAAAAAGAACAUAUGAUACACAAUGAAACCUUAUUGUUUCCAUGGUCGAAAGGUAAAAAAGAAAACUUUGUUUUGACUUCUUGGGUUCUUUUUUUGUCUUUUUCCUGCUUUUGUUAUAGCUGCUGCUAUGUUGUAUAUAAACUAUAUAGGCCCCCUGCUCAUUUGGUAGAGUAACUUGCUACCACUUAUAUCCUGGAGACAGGAUCAGGCAUGCACCAUAUAGGAUCCAACUGAAAUCUGUGGGACCUGCCAGCAAAAUUGUAAGUGUAGUGCCACAUUGGUCUGUCACAUUAUCUGCAUACAGCAUGUUAUAGACUAGCCGGAGCUUAGCAGAGUGCUACAUAGUUUUGCUGGGAAAGAAUUAAUUUGGCAUAUAAUAUAUUGACUUUAAAGGGGUUUGUCCAGAAAUGGCAACAAGCUGUGUAUGGUUUCAAAAAAAUUCUAUUAAAGCAACUUACUAAUAUAAUGUUAUAAGCCAGUGUGCAGAGAUCUUCCAUAUCAGCUGUACUCUCACACUUGUAAGCUGUAUCCAUCCCUUCACCCCCUACUACUCCUUAGAUUUGACUCAUUAGGUAAAGCAGCAAGAAGUCCUUCUCAGUCAGUAAUUUCCAUCACAAUGUAAUCCCUGCUGCCUUAUCUAAUGUGUCAUAAAUCUAAUGAACAGUAACACAAUCUCCCCACCUCCCUUCAAAUAACUGGUUUUGUCUAGUGUUGACAGGAGGAGGGACUGAGGCUCUCUGCAUUUAAAGCCUGUAACAUAGGUUGUUUCUUUUGCUUGGAAAACCCUUUAAUUCCCUGGUCUUUCUGAGAUUAUGGUUCCAAAAGGUGGUCUACGGGACAAACCUUAAAGGGUUGUCCAGCACGUAAAUAAAAUGGCAGCUUUCCUUCAGAGACAGUGCUACAAAGAUCACUGAACUGCAGCACUAUGCAAUUCAUUGACUGGCGUGGUGCUGUUUUUGAUUCUGAACAACCACUUUAAUUUUGCAUACCUGGAAAACUCACUCAUUUAAUGCAACUGCUCUCUGGAAUGUGACAGAUCCGGUAUAAAAUAGUUGUUGUUAAAUCAUGAUUACCCACCUUAAAGGGGUACUCCGGCCCUAAGUCAUCUUAUCCCCUAUCCAAAGGAUAGGGGAUAAGAUAUCUGAUCAUGGGGGGUCCCGCCGCUGGGGACCCCCGCUAUCUUGCAUACAGCACCCACCUCUGAGGCAAAAUGGCACAAGGGGGCGGAGUCGUGACAUGAUACUCCGGCCCCGUAGUCAUUACCCGGCAGAUUCCAAGGCUGCAGCGCUGCGUGCAGCUCCCAGAGGUGAGUGCUGCAUGCGAGAAAG